AUGGCUGUGCGGCUUAGCAGACAGAUUUUUCAAAAAGUUAUUUAUCGGUGUACAGCCAAUAAUCAUUCACCAGUUUUCAAGUCAUUUGUUAAAGCGACUACUAAAAGACAGAAUGUUAGAUUUAGCAGUUCUGGAACGUCUGUCUCGACUCUAUCGUUCAACAGAAAUAAGAAAUUAUGGGGCCAGUUGAUCGCAUCAGGUGGAAUAUUCUCGGCUACUUUCGGUUUAGUUUUUAUAAGAAAAGCUGAAUGUCAAGUUGAUGAACGGAAUAAUCAACUUCUAGCUGCUAUUAAAGAUGGGAAUAAUCGAGAAGUUAAAAGGUUAUUGAAAGGUGGUGUAUCACCUAAUUGUAGACAUGUUUUAGGUUGGACAGCGUUACAACAGGCAGCAGUCAAUAGAAAUCUUGAAGUGGUAAAGUUUUUAUUAGAAGUUGGAGCUGAUCCUAAUCUAGGAGAUGAAUUUGUAAAUGUUAAUAUCACAUCUAGGGAGAAACGACUCAACACUUUACAAGUGUUGAUGGCCAGAGAAGAAGAUUUUUGUGAUAGACUAAAUAAUGCUGCUAAUUUUAAAGACUGUACAGCUCUACAUUAUGCUGUGCUGGUUGAUGAUAGAAAUAUAGUGGAAACAUUACUUCAAGCUGGUGCUGACCCAACAAAAGAAAAUGCAUUAGGACAUACACCUAUAAUGUAUGUUAGAUCUAAUACAAUGAGAGAUUUAUUACAAAACAGAGAGAAAGAGUUUCAAGAAAAGAAAUUAGAACGUGAAGCUGAAGAAAGAAGAAAAUAUCCGUUAGAAAAUAGACUAAAGGAAUUUAUUAUUGGACAAGAAGGUGCUAUCAAUAUGGUAGCUUCAGCUAUUCGACGUAAAGAGAAUGGCUGGUAUGAUGAAGAUCAUCCACUAGUAUUUCUCUUCCUAGGUUCUUCUGGUAUAGGUAAAACUGAAUUAGCUAAACAAGUGGCUAAAUAUCUUCAUAAAGAUAUACGUAAAGGUUUUAUACGCAUUGAUAUGUCUGAAUACCAAGAGAGACAUGAAGUAGCCAAAUUUAUUGGUUCACCACCUGGUUAUGUAGGUCAUGAAGAAGGGGGACAACUGACAAAAAAAUUAAAAGAAUGUCCAACUGCUGUGGUAUUAUUUGAUGAAGUAGAUAAAGCACAUCCUGAUGUUCUAACUAUUAUGUUACAGUUAUUUGAUGAGGGUAGACUAACUGAUGGUAAAGGGAAUACUAUAGAAUGUAAAGAUGCUAUAUUUAUUAUGACUUCUAACCUAGCCAGUGAAGAAAUAGCACAACAUGCUUUGGAUUUACGUGAAGAAUCAAAACUAGCAAACAAACAAAAAUCUACAGGAGUUGAUAAUACUGAGUUACUUGAAAUGGUGACUAUAUCUAGAAAUUUUAAAGAUUUUGUUGUUAGACCCAUUUUAAAGAGAAAUUUUCGAAGAGAUGAGUUUUUAGGAAGAAUAAAUGAAAUUGUAUAUUUUUUACCAUUUUCAAGAUCUGAACUUAGUAAACUUGUUACAAAAGAACUUGAAUUCUGGGCCAAAAGGGCUGCUAAUAAACACAGUAUAGAAUUAAUGUGGGAUCAUCAUGUAGUAGAUGUAUUAGCUGAUGGUUAUGAUGUACAUUAUGGAGCUAGAUCAAUUAAACAUGAGGUUGAAAGACAAGUAGUGACACAAUUAGCCAUGGCACAUGAACAACAAAUGAUAUCAAAAGGUGCUUCAAUAAGAAUAGUUGUACCAAACUAUAGUGAUUUAACUAAAGGGAAAAAUAUUUCUGGAAUGGAACCAAAUAAUCGUGUUAUUAAACUGCAAAUUAAAAGACAAGGUGCUAAGGAAUUUACAGACUUGAAAUUUAAAAGUUCUGCAAAUGCAUUCAGUGUUAAUGAUUCUUUUGGGUCAUGA